ACGCAUGAAACUAUUCACACCUCACCUGUAUAGAUACAAAAUGACCGUUGAUUUGGAAGGUGCAUGACCAAAGGUUUUUAAGUUGCGGAAAAUGCAAGAGAUUUUUACAACGUUAUGUCAGACCUCCGGUCUACAAUGGAAAGAGGACGCUUUUACAUUGCUCUGAUAUUCAUUUCAUUCCUAUCCAAGACGUACGCGACAAGCAGAAUAUUCAGUUAUGGUCUUAUCGAUGGAUAUUCAUCGGAAUACGAAGCGCUUAUCGAUACCGUCAUCAACAAAACUGCUAGUUCGAACAAUGUUUCGAUAAUCUUUAGCAAGUACAACACAUCAGAAAGUACAAAGCUAUUUCAUCAAGCUUCUCUGUUUCUUGAUCAAAACAUCCUUGUGCUCAUCGAAGGAAGCAACACGAAGACGUCCGCAUGCGCACUCUCAACAGUGACUGGCAUUCCUCUUAUCCGUCUCCAUGGCGAGAGAAGGUCUCUCGAUCAAUGUGAAAAAGCGAUUCAGAUGUCAGCGGGAUACAAAGACUACGCCCAGGCUACUCUUGACAUACUGAACACAUUUGAAUGGAAAAAUAUUGCGCUUGUUUUUGAUGAGGAAAGUUUGUACGAAGCUGCAUACUUUCACGCUAUAUCUCAAAGAUCAAAGCUUGCUGUGGAUUUAAUUCAGUUUUGUAAGCCGAAUGAAAAUGAAGAUCCAACAGCUCCAGUAUUGAGAGCAAUGGAGGAAAUCAGAAAGUUAAAAGUUCAAGUCAUUCUCCUUUAUACCGACAAAGAAAGCGUCGAGCUUAUGUUACAGCAGAAGCCUUGUCAGCAAAGAGAUGACUAUAAGAAUAUGAGAAAUGUGUAUAAAUGGAUACUUCAUAGAGAGAUGCCAAUGAACUUAAGCUGUCACAGAGACAGUAUUGUUUUAUCUGUGAAGCUUCCAUACAGUCACGGUUCAGCUCCCGAUGGACUGGACAUGGCGGCACUUGCCCACGAUGCAGUGCAAGUUAUCAACCAGGCAAUCAACACAGAGCCGUGUUUAUCGAUCAAUGGAACUUCUAUUAGCUCAAAUGAUAAAGAAGCUAUGUUAACAUGUCUGAAGAAGGUUAACAUGGACGGCUUAACAGGCCCCAUCCAUUUCGACAAGUACGGCACGAGAAGAGAUAUUGAACUGGAAAUUUUAAAUCUCCGGAACAAUUCCUUUAAAAACGUUGGGACGUGGAAUUCAACCAAAGGUGUCAUUCUAUUUGAUAAUAUCUCGCGGAACAUGGACAGUCCACUGGAUUCCAAAAGGCUGGAGGGAAGAAAGUUUAGAGUUGUCGUUGCAGAGAAUGCACCUUUCAUGAUGAGUACGAAGCUUGAAGGUGGUAUCAUUUCAUACAAAGGAUAUUGUAUUGACCUGCUGAAUGAACUAGCAAGAUACCUUAAGUUCACAUACGAGAUCUACGUCAGCCCUGAUGGGAAGUACGGCUCUGAAACAGAAAAUGGAACCUGGAAUGGAAUGAUUGGAGAGCUGUUAAACGAGCAUGCUGAUAUGAUUGUGGCGGAUCUCACUAUAACUGAACGUCGCGAAAAAGUGGUGGACUUCAGUGUUCCUUACAUGUACUACACUGAAGAGAUGUUGCUGAAGAAAACCUCUUCAAGCGACACAGUUGAUUUACUACAGUUUAUGAAUCCCUUUGACAACAACGUCUGGUUUGCCACUCUUGGGACUCUAUUUAUCAUCUCUAUUGCUCUGUUUGUUCUAAACUACUUCAGUCCUUAUGGGUACAAAGAUGACAAUGGCCGGGGAACAUCGCAGGAAUUCAGUUUCUUCAACAGUGUGUGGUUUUCUUUAGCUUGUAUGCUGCAACAAGGAGCGGACAAUUCACCAAGAAGCUUGUCAGGCCGUAUUCUCACUGGAUGUUACUGGUUCUCUAUUCUUAUAUCGGUAUCAACCUACACGGCCAAUCUCGCCGCUUUUUUCACUGUAAAAAACGCAGCUCUUCCCAUCAACAACCUCGAAGACAUCGUUAAAUCAUCUUAUCAAGUAGGAGUAUUGGAGUCAGCAAGUACGUACGAGACAUUCAAGACGAGUCAAUAUGAAACAUACAAAAAGAUCUGGCAUAGAAUUCAAACAGGAGGCACAGUAGUUGAAAGUGUACAUGAAGGAAUUCAAUGGGUGCGACACGGGCAGGAGUUUGUAUUUAUCAAUGAUGGGCCCACUCUCAGAUAUACCGCCAACCAACCUCCUUGUGAUCUGACAGUAGUUCCAGGUCUGUCGACGUCAAAAGGACUUGCACUCGCUUUACAAGCAAAUGAUCCACACGCUGAUGACUUCACGCUGGCCAUUUUACAUUUGUACGAGAAUUAUGUCCUUGACAACUUGAAACGGAAAUGGUGGGAAACUGCUAAUGAGUGUCUUCAAGAAAAGGAAACAACAUUGUCUCGAAAGCGUAUUGGCUUGAUGAGCAUGCUGGGAGUGUAUGUUGUCCUGGGUAUUGGGAUAGUUGUUGCAUUUCUGACGUUGAUUGCGGAGAUCUUGUGGAAAAGAAGAGAGAAGCACAAGUUGCUGAUCAAAGCCAGAAGGCCAAAGCCUGGUCCUCUUCAAGUCCAUCCGUCACAAACAGGGAAGUAAAAUCGUAGGGCUUUGGCGAGGUUUAAGCCCAGUAGCUUAGCUAUUUGUAAACUGAGUUGGGAAGCUCAACUCAAUUCAGCUGAGAUCAUUUGUUUAGAUUAGGCGUUUAUCAAUAAUAAUGUUUAAGACAGUUGAAGUAUGAUUGCAGAAGUUACAAGUUUUGUUUUUGUUUUGUUACAGCGAUCAUGGAACCUUUUUCUAGCACACUACUUUGGAAGAUCCUUAACGCUUAAAUAUUGAUAAUAGCCCUGGGGUGGCUAUUCGAUAGUCACUUUGGAAAGUUUUCUCUUCAUCAUUUAAUUAUAUCCUUUUUCUUUGGUCAUUAAUUAAUAUCAAAAGUUUCAUGUACUAAAAGCUUAGGAAAAAGAACAGACAAACAAAACGGUUAAACAAGGUCACAGAGUGUUUCCAUUCAAUAAACUCUAAAUCAAGUCGCGGAGGAUUUGGUUCUCGUUAGAUUACAAAGUACUUUACCACAAUUUACUUUACAUCUCCAUGAUACAGGUCGCCCUGGGGAGAUAAGUUCACUUAUUGAUCAAUGUCAAACUGUUAGAAAGGGUUGCGUCAGGUUCAAACACAAACGCCGAUAUCUGGAAUCAUUCUCGCUGAAAGCGUAUACUGAAAACUCGAUCUUGUAGACACCAAGUUGUUUCAGGCUGGGCAUGUAAUCGAUAAAAUGAAUGUAUUUACAUGAAACACGAUACCGAAACUCGAAAAUUGAAUCCGUUAUCGCAUUCCAUAGAUGUGAAAAGAUGAGUCACAAUUGAUCAACUCAUUGAUAAAGAUCUUGUCGUAAAUUGUUGUAUCCUCGCAGCCAAUAAUAAGUAUUAUUCAUAGUAAAUGCAUUCAUGCACAUUUAUUUAAACAUUUUUGUUUAAAUGGAAAUAAGAAUGUAUUGUUGUAAUGCAAAGAGUGGGGACAAAUUUGGCCCAGACAGUUCUACUUGCCAAUAAUAAAAACGUACUCUCAAGUUCUGAGAACAUCAACUUUAGAGCAGAUUGUAAAUAAAAGGCAACUUAUUGCUCGUCAAAAUAUCACUAACUGUUCUACUGGUUAGCUGUACUGUAAGCAAUUACUCUUAACUAAAACCUUAUAAACUGAAAUGUAAAAUACAUCGAAAGUGAAACAUUGAAGUAAUCAAUAAAACAGAAGGAAGACUUGUCCCUUGUCGUUUUCUGUUUCUUUAUAUAUCAUUCAUUAGCAUCGCGGUUAAAGCUUCAACUGAAAUGCAGUUUUCUAUUGGGCGAGAAUACAUCACGUGACGCGCCUUUAAACUGGAUGAGUGCUGACCGGGACGAGUUCACGAACUCCCCAGUCAAGAGACCACAUGCAAAGACUCUCCAGGGUCUUCACUCUACAGAGUAUAUGACAAAUCAUGGCAUCAUUGUAAUUAACAAUUAUUCACCCAAGUGGUGAAUAAUUGUU